AUGAAGCUCAUUUCAUCUCUCAUCUUCUUCCUCCUAAUCUCCAUCCCACAUUCCUCUCCCACUCCAACCAAAUCAAGAAAAAGAACACAACUCCACAAACCCUGCAAAACCCUAACGUUCUACUUCCACGACAUCCUUUUCAACGGUCACAACUCCAAAAACGCCACGUCAGCAAUCGUAGGAACACCCCCAUGGGGCAACACGACAGCCUUAGCAAACCAAAACCACUUUGGUGACUUAAUUGUUUUCGAUGAUCCAAUCACUAUGGACAACAAUUUACACUCUCACCCUAUUGGUCGUGCUCAAGGAUUUUACAUUUACGAUAAGAAAGAAAUUUUCACUUCUUGGUUUGCUUUCUCGUUUGUCUUUAACUCUACGGUCCAUAAGGGUACCAUAAAUUUUGCUGGUGCUGACCCUUUGAUGAAUAAGACUAGGGACAUUUCGGUAAUUGGGGGGACUGGUGAUUUUUUCAUGACUAGGGGUGUGGCUACUCUUUCAACUGAUGCUAUUGAAGGUGAAGUUUAUUUUAGGCUUCGUGUGGAAAUUAAUUUGUAUGAAUGUUGGUAA